GAUGGCCGCCCAACGAAACAAAUAGAGCGCCGUCGUAAAUAACACAAACCGUCCGAACACGUUUCGAGCGUGCCCCCCGUACGAAUCGCACGUGCGUACCCGCGACAUUGACGAUCCCCUCGCGACCGUUCGCGGACGACGUGCGUUUUCCCCCAGACGCGACGAAGUACGACGUCCCGCGUGUUCGCUCGCGGUAGCGUGAUCCGCGGGAGAACGUUGCUCCUAUUCCUCAUUGUUGCAUUUAUCCGACCACGCGUAUCGCGCCUCGCGGUGGUCCGUGUCGUACCCGGGGAGGUGCGUGCGUGGUCCUAGCGGCGGGUCCAUCUCCAUCGGGGGGAGGAGAUAGCGCCGACAAGAGAGAGAGAGAAAGAGAGAGAGAGAGAGAGAGAGUGAGUGGUGUUGUCGCCGGGUUGACGCCGCGUUCGUCGCCAAGAUGCGAUCGUGCGACUCGCACGAGACGAGCCCACCCCCUCUACGUAGACAACACUCGCGGUCCCACGCCUAGCUCCUCAUGCUAGUCUCGUCUUCCGAAUUGCUUGGGGCACAGCAUGAAGGAGAUGCUCGGAGGGUGCUGCGUGUGUUCUGACGAGAGGGGUUGGACAGAGAAUCCGUUGGUGUAUUGCGAUGGACAGGGCUGCACCGUUGCCGUACAUCAAGCGUGUUACGGUAUUGUCACUGUACCAACAGGACCCUGGUAUUGCAGGAAAUGCGAGUCCCAAGAACGCAGUGCUCGGGUGCGCUGUGAGUUAUGUCCGAGUCGUGAUGGAGCCCUUAAGAGAACGGAUCAGGCUGGAUGGGCGCAUGUUGUGUGCGCUCUUUAUAUCCCAGAAGUUCGAUUCGGUAACGUGACUACAAUGGAACCAAUUAUAUUGCAUCUUAUUCCUUCAGAAAGAUUUAGUAAGACAUGUUACAUUUGUGAGGAACAAGGUAGAGGUAGCAGAGCAAACGUGGGAGCCUGCAUGCAGUGUAACAAAACAGGCUGCAGGCAACAAUUUCAUGUCACCUGUGCACAGGCUCUGGGCUUACUUUGUGAGGAAGCUGGCAAUUAUCUUGAUAAUGUCAAAUAUUGUGGAUAUUGCCAGCAUCAUUAUUCAAAAUUGAAAAAGGGCGGCAACGUAAAGACGAUACCGCCGUACAAGCCGAUACCCGCCGACAACGGUUCGUCGGACUCGUCGCCGGAGAAGGAGGCGGAGACGCCGAUUAAAUCGUCAAGCGGCAAGCGGAAGAGCUUGAGUUCCAAAUCCACCGCGAAUUCUAAAAGUAAAUCAAAUGCUAGUCCCAGUUUAGAGAUAAAUGGCAUCACGGACGACAAGAGCAGUGGUAGCGGUCGUAAUACGCCUAAAGAUAAUUCCACGAGUUCCAGCAAGUUUACGACAUCUAACUUUGUCGAGACCAUUGUCACGCAGUCGGAGAGCGUGUUUGGACACGACGGUACUGUCACCGUUACCACCGUCGCCACGGCGGCAAUCGCUUCCGCGAUGAAAACGAGUGGUGGCAAUUCGAAUGCGGUGCACAAGAACAUCGGCGGUCAAGGAAAAUCCAACUCGUCGACCUCCAAUAAGACAUCGAGCCACACUAGCAAGAAGAGGAAGACCGGAGCUCGUACGCCGACUGUGAUAGGAAACGAGAACUCGAAUCAAUCGGCCAGCUCGGAGACUAGCGGAUCAGUCGUGGUAGCCGUUAGUACUGUUGUGCAACAGACUGUCCCAAGUAACAAUGUGCAACCAACAAUCACCGAAGCCACGAGUUUAAGUACAACGACGGAACCGGAAAAAUCGAAGAAGACGAAAGUGGAGAGUCCGAUUCAAUCGUCGUCGAAUACACCGGUCGCUACAGAGGCAACCACCACACCUGUGAUAAUGACGGUGACGCAGUCCCAGCCCUCCUCGAUCGUCACUCAGUCGCCGACGACUACGUCGAACAGCAUCGUCGUUUCCGUGCCGUUGACCGCCACCUCGCUCGCCAACACGGUCCAGAGCGUGGUGACGAGUGCGCCGACGAUAUAUCAACAGCUGCAACAGAGUAUAAUCACCACGGCCGCCAAUGCGGAGCUGCGAUCCAGCGCGAUGGUGACCACCGAGAGGUUCACCGCCGAGGAAGCUCCGACGAAACGAUCUCGUUCCCAAUCAUCAGAUAAGCAAGAGAAGUCUCGUAAACCAAAGCGUGGCUCGUCCAAUAGCCAAGGAUCACUGCCGCAAUUCCAGACGGUCUCGUCAGUCGUAACUUCUGUAUCCAGCACCGCAGUUGUGGCGACGUCUAAGAGGGGCGCGAGAAAUAAUCAUCAAACCCCUCCACCCGCCGUCACAGUGGCUCCGGUGACCUCGGUGCCAUCAAUAAUUCAAGGCCCCACAGGCACUCUUGGACACUUCAGCAGUGUAAGUGGCACAGGCCCUGCAAACAUUAUGGGACCGACAGUCAAGGAGUCACCGCCUAGCAGUCCCGGAUCAGAGAGUAUGAGUAGUAGCACUAGUAAACGGAAGAGGAAAGCUGCUGCGUCUACACCUAUUCCAUCUGCAUCGACUACACCGACCGCUCUUACCGCAAUAAAGGAAGAGAAUAAUAUAAAAUUAUUUCAAAAUGGAGUCAGUGCACCACAUAUGCUAGGGAAUCAGUUGAAUCCUACUUCAACGAUGGCGCAAAAGAUGUCGGAUACACUUUCGCAGGAACUCGAGGCCCAUUCUAUUUUUACAGAAGCGAGUAACUCCAGUACAAACUUGGUUGGACCACAGUUACACAGUCGAGUAAUUGCAUCUAUACGAUCUAGCCAACCGGGUGGACCGCCCACUUCGUUUACCUCGAACCUUUUCUCCACAAACAGCAAUAGUACGAAUCCUACACCUGGUCCUAGUGGGACUUUGGGUGGUGGAACAAUUCCGCAGACACUGGAUCAGCUUCUAGAAAGACAAUGGGAGCAGGGAAGUCAAUUUCUAAUGGAGCAAGCCCAACAUUUUGAUAUUGCAUCCCUGCUUUCCUGCCUUCAUCAAUUGAGAGCUGAGAAUCUUAGGCUAGAGGAACAUGUAAAUAAUCUCCUGCAGAGGAGAGACCAUUUAUUGGCUGUGAAUGCUAGACUCGCUAUUCCGUUGACAACUCAGCCUAGUUCACAUCCAGUGAAUAAUAUACAUCCUACAGUGAAUCCAUCUCAUCCUAAUGUCUCGCACUCGGAAGUGCCGCCUGGCGCUCCGGCUCCGGUACCUAGAUCGAAUCGCGAACCGCGAGUGAACAACACGUACAUGCCUCACUCCAGUUCCAGCAAUCAUCCGACGACAUUGGAAAACGGUUUGCCGCCAGAUCCCUCCCCACCCGCGGCGGCUUCUCUCUCUCAGUAUCAGCAUCGUGGAUCAUUAGUUGCGCCGCAACCAAGCCCGACAAUUAGGCAUAGUCCAGCCGGGGGUGGAUACCUUCAAGGUUCGAGCAAUAUAGUAUCGCCGGCGCCGGCGAAUACUUCCGGCGUGGUGCGUAAUUCGUCUGUCACACCGGAUCCUCUACGUGGAGUGCCGAGGUCGGCUUCCCAAUCGUCGAGCAAUUACAUGCCGUCGAUGUAUCAACCCACCAUGUCCAGUCUCACCGGCAAUCAAGUAGGCGGUGUUCACAAUCUCCAUCCGCACGGACCUUCGCCGACUAGCCACGGGCCACCGGGUAAACCCAGCUGAAGGUAGAUACCAAUACAAUGUGGCAGCCGCAUAUCUUAAUUAUUAAAAUGAUAUUUUCGUUGCCGCGUAUGCCAUUGUCGAACAUCAAAGAAGCCAAUCUCAUUGCAAGAGAGACCUAACUGCGCUUCUUCGCGAAAUAUUGACUGAUAUACAUUUUGUAUGCCACGUUUAUCGGUAAUCGUUUUUUUAAUAACUUCACUCUAGUGAUGUCAAUUGCAGUUUACAAUGUACAGACAUACUUCUCGAUUUGUAUCUUUUUAUAUCUUUCCACGAUAUAUCCUAAAAUUGUUAUAUAUCCGAUCACACAUAUGCGCUGUACAAAUCUUUGCAUAUGUCCGAUAGAGAUUUAUGGAUCUCAUUAACGUGAUCAUGUAUUCAUUGAAUCCGAUAUGUAAUAUUAUUCUUUAACCAUUUUGUUUUAACUUGUACUUUUAUAUGCACGGUUUUAUGCGACUUAUAUGUACAUUGCAACCGUCACAAUAUAUUAGAGGCUCAAUUAGAAUUUAUAGUGACGUUAAAAAAAUAAUGCAACUUUAAACGAAGCAGCAGUUAGGAAGAUUAGUCUCACAGAUUUUUCUGAAAUUAAAAGGACAAUUCUUCAUAAUAUUUAUUAAAAUCCAUUAUUAUUGAAACUUGAUUACAAUAAAAUUUACUCUUAAUUAAAUCCUAAUUAUAUUUUUUUUCUUUAAUCAUGGUUAGGCAUACAUUUGAGACAUAUUCUUUAUCUCUCUUUGUAGGCAUCAUCAUAUGUGAACAGCAAAUCCACAGAUGUACAAAUUUUAGACUGUAAGUUAACCUAUCGCGUUAAAUAGCAAUAAUACAGUAGGUGUACAUUCUCUAAUGACGGUGAAACUGCGUGUAUUUCUGGUGGUGCGAUAAAAGGAUACGUACAUGAAAUUUUUCAAAAAAUUAAUAGAGAAAAAUGUUAAACGAAAAACACGAGUAAUUCCAGAACGAAAUGGAAAGAAACCAAAUCAUUGUGCUACUAUCGAUUUCAAUGCAUUUGCCGAUUGUAUUCGAUAAUUCGGAUAUUGUACACACCGGAUAUUAUACAUUCGGAUAUUAUAUUCCGCAACUUUAAAGCUGAUGUGCUUUACUUAUAAUACAGCUUCUCUAUUUUUAGCGUACCACCGUUGAGAUGUAUCGCAGCGCGUGUAUUAUAUACGACAAUGAUGAUAUUGAGUGCAACCUAUUUCAAAGCUAAUAUUUAAUGUAUAUUCUAAUCUUAUGCGUAAAGAAAAACGGAGAAUAUUCAAAUGUACAAGACGAGCACUGCCUUUCGCCAACAAGAGCUGUGAAGUAGGUUGAUCGCAAUUCGACAUUCUCUAGCGAACGCAUGAUCGUUUUGUUUAAUACAUAUUUCAUUUGCCUUUCUCUAUCCCAUUUUCAUUCAAAUCUAUUCAAAAUCCGAUGGAUUUAAUUGGUAUCAUUUCCCAUCAGCAUUGCUGCAAAAUUUCUCGAAGGAAUGCAAACAGAAGUAUUGUGCCAUUGUUUGAUCUGUGGAUUAGAAACACAAUAUUCUAUUGAUGAUAAUAAUUUGAUUGCAUUUUAAUGGCAAUAACUCUACAAUCAAUAUUAUUACUAUUUUUUUAAAUACACACACACAUACAUAAAAUACAUUUAAAAUUUUGACAGUUUAUGUAGUAAAGUUUAUAUAUUAAAGUCUGAUUAUUGUGAAAUGUGUUAAAUGAUUUGAAUUAAUUCUAUUUGUCAAUUUGUCUAUAAAAAUAUAGUGUAUUUACAAUAUUCUGAGAUAUAUGCAUGCAGCAGCUUGGAAUUUUAUUUUAUAAUGAAAAAAUAAAUUACUUUUUUUUCCAUCUUUUGUAACCGGAUUUUGCCAAGGAAUUGUGUUUAAAAUAUUCUUUGAGGAUGUAACGAGAAUAACAAGAUCGAACCACGGCACAAAUCUUGUUAAUGCAAAAACUUGUGAAUACUUGCGAUACACAUUUUAUAUAUGUAUAUGUGUAUGUAUUGGUCACAAUACAAAAUGCGCGAGUACAGUCGACUGCCUGUAUUGCGAACUCGUCGGGACCAAAUACUAUUCUUAUUAUAAAGUCUUCCCUCGAUUUGCAUUUUUUCCUGUAACAACAUAUGCGCGGAAUUAGAAUAAAAACAUUACACGCUCUGUUCUUCUUUCUCUUUUCACUCUAAUAGCGGUAAAUGUAAGUGGAAAAGCGAAGAGUUGAAGAAGAACACCAUUUUACGAGUAUAUAGUUGAUUCAUGAAACAGACAAGAUCUUAAUACGGCGCAUCGCUAUACGGACAUUCGGUUGUAAUCCUGUAAAGUAUGGGACAAAUGAUCGUAUGAAAGCGGAACUAUGAUUCCUUAAGAACAGUGUAUAUGCUUGUAUAUCAGAAUUGAAGUUAAUCCGUUUUGUGCUGCGUUUUGUGAAGAUAGCGUUAAAUUUUCCUAUUCACGCCAUCGUCUAUAAUUUCUGAGAGCGAGCAAUGCCAUGUGCGUGCAAAUCGCAAAAAUCAAAAGUACUGGACGGUACAGUAGAGAACAUUUUAGAAAAUAAGACUUUGUAAGAGAAUAUAUAAGUUAUUCCGCUCAAAGGCUACGGUAUAUAACAUAAAGUAGCACGUUUUGAUAAAUCGACGAGAAAAUUUGCAUGUAAUACAUAUGCGAAAUCACAAAAUGACAUGCAACGUAAAACGACGCGGUUGUAAAAAAAGGAAGAAAAGAGAUAUUGAUAAGAAUCGUCGGCUACGCGAUUGGCUUGACAAUUCACUCACACAGGAAAAUAUCUCCUCGUGUCGUUGAAAUUGUAAAAUCGAAAUAUGGCAUACUAUUUGCAGGCGUCAAACAAAAGUGAAAGGAGUUUACACACUCGCAGGAUAAUACGUUUUAGGCUGUCACUUUAUUUUUGCACCGUGGUUACGAGCAUAGUACGAGAUUUCUCAGCCUCGCAAAGAAACUAGUUGAACGAACUAUAAUAUGAUAUACACAUACGUAUAUUCGAAUUCAUCGUACAAAACUGAAAUUUUCCCUAAACCACCUUUCAAUGAUCAUGAUGUAUCGUUUGCCGGUUGAACGGCACCAGAGAGAAACUGCUCGGAAGAGAAAAUUUUGAAGAGUUAGGGAUUGACUGACAUUUACCGCAUUGUGUUCUUUAUCGUUAUCGUAAUACGACGCGAUGUGUUCUAAAUCGAGAGAUCGAGAUAAUCACAUUAUUUCCUCCUUCCUUUUACAG